GUUAUUGCCAUUUGUUCCUGGGGAAGGCCACAAGCAGGUCACUGAUGUGCAGGAACAUGAUGUUGGUAGAGCACAACUCUGGAGAGCAAGAAUCAAUCUUAGUAGAUAUAUGUGGUCAGAGACCUUUCACCAGAGCUUCAGGGCAGAGACUGAGAUGAAGGAGCUGGACUGCUUGUGGUAGAGGAAUUACUGACUCAUCCUGCUUGAAGGUACAAGACUUUGCAAAAGCCUGAACAGCAAAGAGGGAAUGACUAUAGAAGACUUCACUGUAGUGUUAGCAUUGAAAGCUCAGAACUCUGCUGCUGUCUCAGAACUCUACCUUUCCCCAAGAUAGUACAGAAGAGAAAAAGAAGGACCUGGAAAUGACUUCUGUUGUACUUUCGGCUAGAUCCCAGGAAUCAGUGACAUUUAAGGAUGUAGCUGUGAACUUCACUCGGGAGGAAUGGAGGCAACUGGAUCCUUCUCAGAGGGACUUGUACAGGGAUGUGAUGUUGGAGAACUAUGGGAACCUUGUAUCCAUUGGACUUCGAGUUUCUAAGCCAGAUGUGAUCUCCCAAUUGGAAAGAGGAAAUGCACCAUGGAUGCCAGAGGAAGAAUUCCCAAGAAGCACUCAUCUAGAUUAUCUUAGCCUGGAAACUAAGCAUGAAACUGAACAUUCAUCUUCAAAGCAGACUAGUUAUACAGGAAUAUCCAAGGAAGGACUCAGAAAAGAAGUCAUCUGGGCUUCCAAGAUGAGAGAAAUUCAGGAAUGUGAUAUUAAAUUAGAGAGGCAAGAGAACAACCAGGAGAAACAAUCCAGACAACUAACAAAUGCUCCGAAAAAAUUAUCUAGUGACUAUAAUACAUUCCCGGGAAGUUUCAGCCCAGGGUCAGUCUUUGUUCCACAACAGAGAGUUACUACAGGAAAAAGUCUCCUUAAAUAUAAUAGAAUCUCCUUAGGAAAGAAGCUUUCUAAGUACAAUAAAUACAGGAAACCUUUUAGUUACCACUCAGACCUUAUUCAAUUUCGAAUAACAAAUUCUGGAGACAAAUCAUAUAUAUGUCAUGAAUGUGGGAAAGCCUUUGGUCAGAGGAGAUAUCUUAUUGAACAUCAGCGAAUUCAUACGGGACAGAAGCCCCAUAAAUGUAAUGAAUGUGGAAAAGCCUUUAUCCAGAGAGGAAACCUUACAUCACAUCAAAGAAUUCAUACAAGAGAGAGGCCCUUUGAAUGUAAAGAAUGUGGGAAGGCUUUUAGCCAAAGGGGUCACCUUACUGAACAUCAGAGAAUUCAUACUGGAGAGAAACCUUUUGAAUGUAAAGAAUGUGGAAAAGCCUUCAGCCAUAGGGGUCAUCUUGCUGAACACCAGAGAAUUCAUACUGGAGAGAAACCCUUUGCAUGUAAUGAAUGUGGGAAAGCUUUUAGCCACAGGACAUCCCUUAUUUAUCAUCACAGAAUUCAUACUGGGGAGAAACCCUUUAAAUGUAAUGAAUGUGGGAAAGCCUUUAGUCAGAGGGGAAACCUUACUGAACAUCAGAGAAUUCAUACUAGAGAGAAACCUUUUGAAUGUAAUGAAUGUGGGAAAGCCUUUAGCCACAGGGGUCAUCUUACUACACAUCAAAGCAUUCAUACAUCAGAGAAACCAUAUCUUUGUAAUGAAUGUGGGAAAACCUUUAGCCAGCGAGGAAACCUUAUUGAACAUCAGCGAAUUCAUACUGGCGAGAAACCGUUUGAGUGCAGUGAAUGUGGGAAAACCUUUAGCAGAAGGGGAUACCUUCCUGAACAUCAGAGAAUUCAUACUGGAGAGAAACCUUUUCAGUGUAGUGAAUGUGGAAAAGCCUUCAGCCACAAAGGAAGUCUUACUGAGCACCAGAGAAUUCAUACUGGAGAGAAACCUUUUCAGUGUAAUGAAUGUGGGAAAACCUUCAUCAAAAACUCACGUCUAGCCCAACAUCAGAAAAUUCAUACUGGAGAGAAGCCAUUUGAAUGUACUGAAUGUGGGGCAAUGUUCAGCCAGGAAGAGAAGCUUAUUGAACACCAAAGAAGGCAUGCUGGAGAGAAACCUUUUGAAUGUAAAGAAUGUGGAAAAUUCUUUAGUCGGAAGGGAUACCUUACUGAACAUCAGAGAAUUCAUGCUGGAGAAAAAUCAUUUGAAUGUAAAGAAUGUGGGAAAUUCUUUAGUCGGAAGGGUUACCUUACUGAACAUCAGCGAAUUCAUGCUGGAGAUAAAUCCUUUGAAUGUAGUGAAUGCGGAAAAGCUUUCAGCCAAAGGAAGUACCUUACUCAGCACCAGAAAAUCCAUACUGGGGAGAAGCCCUUUGAAUGUAAUGAAUGUGGGAAAGCCUUUCGACAAAGGGGACACCUCACAGCACAUCAGAGCAUUCAUACUGCAGAGAAACCCUUUGAGUGUAACGUGUGUGGAAAAGCAUUCCGACAGAGAGGAAGCCUUACUGAACAUCAAAGAAUGCAUGCUGGAGAGAAACCAUUUGAAUGUAAUGAAUGUGGGAAAGCAUUUAGUCACAGGAGCAGUCUUACUGAACAUCAAAGAAUCCAUGCUGGAGAGAAGCCCUUUGAAUGUAAUAAGUGUGGGAGAGCCUUCACCCACAGGAAAUCCUUCAUUUACCAUCAAAGACUUCACAGUGGAGAAAAACCAUUUGAAUGUAACGAAUGUGGGAAAGCCUUCAGUGACAACUCUUAUCUUACCUUACAUAAGAGAAUUCAUACUGGAAAGAAACCCUACAAGUGUAAUCAUUGUGGGAAGGCUUUUAGCCAGAGAGGAAACCUUACUGAACAUCAAAGGAUACAUACUGGAGAGAAACCCUUUGAAUGUACCGAAUGUGGGAAAGCCUUUACCCACAGGAAAUCCCUUAUUUAUCAUCAGAGAAUUCAUGCUUAAGUGAAACUCAUUGAGUGCAGUAACCAUGGAAAAUCUUUUAGCCACAGCAGAUAACCUUAAUUCACACUGGUGAGAAGCUUUUUGAAAGUAAUGAGUGUGAAAAUCUCUUAUCUACAAAGGGAAGCUUAAUGAACAUCAGAGGAUUUAUACUGUAAUCAUGGUGAUCCCUGAGAUAUUAUUAGAAACUUUAUAAUAUUGAAAAAUUAUAUAUAAGCAGUGCAUGCUGGAAACCUUCAGUUGUAACUGAAGCUUUAGAAAGCACCAGAUAACUCUAAUUAAAGGAAAACCUUAUGAAUGUAUUUACUAUGAAAAAUUUUAGAGUAGUUUAUCCCUCAUCAAAUGUUAGAGAUUCCAUACAAGAUUAUCAGUGGAAUUGUGGUGCACUGCAUGUAGUACUGGAUUUGGAGACAGGAAAACUUGCAUUGCAGUCAUGCCUCAGACAGUUACUAGCUGUGUGACUCUGGGCAAGGCACUUAACUGCUCUCAGCCUCAGUUUCCUUAUCUGUAAAACAAGAAAAAAUUGUAGCACCUACCUCACAGGAUUGUUGUGAGGAUCAAAUGAGAUCAAAUAAGAUAAUGUGUAAAGUGUUUUGCAAACCUUAAAGCAUUAUAUAAAUGCUAGCUGUAUGUGAUAAUGUGGGGAAUGCAUAACAAAGCCCUGUCAGGUUUUGUUUUGUUUUGAUCACAGAUAGUUGUUGCUUUCCUUAGGUGUGCAUUACUCAAAUUUGACUCCCUGUCGGUGCGUAGCAGGUCCCCACUCCUGACCCCAGUGGCAAGGGUCCUCUUCUCCAGACACUGAAGCCCCUCCACCUGUGGGGACAGCAAGCACUGAAGCAGCUUGGGCUGCUUGGACAUAGUCUCAGGAAGAGGGAGAGGUCUGCAGAAAGGUCCACUUAUGGUAAAGCAAGAACUGUCUGUAUUAGAGAGUAAAGGUGGCAGCAUUUGUCUUAAUCUCCUUUGUACUUAAAUACAUUGAGGGAAAAAAAUUAAAUCUUAUUACCUUCCUUCCUAUAAUACAUACUGGCUGCCAGCUGAUGGCUGAAUUACAUGAGUUAGUGCAGCCAGUGUUUGGGUGCAGAAAUAGGGCCUGAAGUACAAUAUAUUUUUUAAACUGUUCAGUAAAGUCACCGAAAUGUCAUAUAAUCACUUAUCUAUAUCUUUUAUAUUCUUUUAAAAAUAUUCUAGUUAUAGUAAAGACAUAAUUUUAAAGCAUAUUACAUCAGAAAAGAGCAUUAGUGUUAAGAGUUAGAGGACCUGGAUUCAAAUCUCUCUGACACUUCCUCUGUGACAUUAGGCAAAUCACAAUAUCUCUGCAACAGUUUUGGUUUGUUUUUUUUCAUCUGUAACCUGAGGGGGUUGGACUAUAAGAUCCCUUCCUUCUCAAUGUCUAUGAUUGUCAUAAACUUAUAUAGAGUUUUCUCAAUAAAAAAUAUGUAAGUUAAUUCUAUCAAACUAGUAA